AACCCGCGAACCCAGGCCGCCGAAGCAGAGUGCACAGAGCUUUAACCACUCGGCCAGGGAGCAGGCCCCUGUGACUCAAGUCUUUGAGGGCAUUACUGAAUUUCCUGGGAGUUGAAUCUAGAUACAGUGAGAUAUACUAUUUGAAAGGAAAAGCAAGAAAUACUUGACAAUGUCCCUAGAUUAAGGAGUUCAGGGGAGAAUACCUAUUUUCUUCUUGUGACCCAAAACUCUUCUUGAUGUGGCGGUUCAGGUCCAUAAUAGAUAAAUGAGGUCGGUUAUCUUGCUGUGCUCUUAAGUGGUUCUCCAGAAGUCUAACUGGUCACAAGCCAUUAAAAAUCUCAUUUCCCUCACUUGUGUGAAACAUGGUGAAACAUAGAAUUCAGACUGCAGUGUGUGGAAUUGCUUAGUCUCCAUCUUCCUCAUCCCUGAGGGGGGAUUAAUACUUCACAGGAUUGUAAAGUUACAGGAGAGAGAAAAACACACGGUAAAUGCUCAAAAUGUGGCUAUUCUAGUAUUUCUUCAAAGGAUAGAUAGUUUAAGAUCAGGCAGUUGGGAGAUUAUUUUUAAAACCAAGCAUGAUAAUUAAAAUAUUAGCUAACAUAAACAUUUUAGUUUUUCAAGAAAUUUGGCAUAGCUUUUUAAUGGAUAAUGUGCUUCUGAAAACAGUUGCUGAUUAUAUUGUCUUACUUCAUGAAUCGGUCCUCAGGUAUAGAUGAAGCUUAAGAAAAUACGGUUCCUUUUCCCAAAAAGUAGAGUGAGAUCUAUGCUGAAUACUAUAGAUCUGAAGGAAAUUUUGUGGAGCAAACAUUUUCCAAUUGACAUGCAGUAUGUUUCAAGGAUGAGUAAGGUCCAUCUAGUCAUGGCAAUGGAAGGUGGGAUUAUGAGGGAUUACGUUAUCAGUUUACCACCUAACCCUUAGUAUCCUGCCAGGAUAGUUAGUCCCUGUGGUCUGGGGUCUGGGUUUAUGGGAUUGUAGGUGUCCUCCUCACUGUAGCUUCCUUUCUGUACACUAGGGGGCAGAAGCUCCUUGGCAUGUGUGUGAGAGAACCACACAAGAGAAAGGCUGACAUUCCUGAGAAAGGAGGAUGCAUAAAACUCACCGAACAAAGCCUCCGAAAAGGACAGGACAUUGAGGAGACAAAGUGCUCCCAUUACCUACAGUGGGUCUAUAGCCGUACACUCUCUCACUCACAAUCUUUUUUCAUUGCUACUGGAAGCCCUAGGAGUCCUCUGACCGGCUAUUAUCCUAGUUACGAUGUCACAACCUUAUUCUGUCCCUCUUUAUUGUUGUUAUCUGGUUGGUCUGGUAGUCCUGUGCAAGUUAGUUGUCAGAGUGGCAGCUCCAUCCUGCUACCGGAUAUUUAUAUACAGGAGCACACCGUGGCAGAAGUGCUGGAAAUGAGUCAGCUUACACAGUUGCGUUGGCCAAAUAAGGACAUUAACUGCAAUCCCAUAAGAACCUCAUCAGUUACCAAUUGCAUCAAGGCAUGGUGGCUUUUUCUUUUUAAAGCAUAGUUUCAGUAAUACAUUUACUAAAAAUCUCAGACAUCGUGAAAAAAGUCAGUAUUUGGAAUCUUACACUGCUUGGCUAAAUUAACACUAAAUAUAGACCAACAGUUUCAUGCUGGGGUUUAUGGGCCUUAUGGGAGCACCCGUGCACUGAAGGAAGGCAAAGAAGGAAAUACAGAAUUUGUAGAACAUUUUGUUGUAGUUGCUUCUGAAUAAUUAGUUUUCUUUUUUUCUAGUAACCUAGCAGUCAAAGCUCGCAUUUUUGUACAAUGAAUCGUUCUUCCCAGGACACUGGCUCUCGCGGCAUUCAUGAAGAUAGAAAGCUUUAUGUUGUGGAUUCCAUAAAUGACCUAAACAAACUAAACCUCUGUCCCACCGGAUCACAGCAUCUGUUCCCUCUAGAGGAGAAAAUGCCGGACGUUGGCACUAACUCAGGAAAUGGAAGCCACAGUCUGUUUUUUGUGGGGUUGAUAAUCGUGCUGAUCGUUAGCUUGGCACUGGUUUCCUUUGUGAUAUUUCUAAUAGUUCAAACUGGAAACAAGAUGGACGAUGUGUCAAGAAGACUGAUAGCUGAAGGAAAGGACAUAGAUGAUCUUAAGAAAAUCAACAGCAUGAUUGUAAAGCGACUCAACCAACUGGACUCUGAACAGAACUAAACAAAUGAUCUUGCAAGAGCAACGGCUAACAGCUGAGCUUCUCUCCUGACUGGGCGUGUACAGAGUUAAGAACUGAACAAGUGCAUUUCUGCAGGCAACAGAUUAUCUAGAUAGUGAACCCAGCCCUGGGGCCAACUUUCUGCUACAGGGAUGGGACUAACUCCAAGAGAAGGCGGAGUGGGGAUAGCAGCAGAAAGGGGCUCAUUUUAUGGUAAGGUCCUUCAGCUUCAAUGGAGGUUAAGGGUGGCCAACAUGGAAGAGAACCAACAAUAAGCAAGAGAAUUCGGUUCUGUACAUACAACUUCCCUUACAAAAGGAGCUUUGUCCUCGGAAUAAGUUCACUGUGCCGGUGAGGUUCAUGGUGCCUCAGGCACCUUUACAAACUUCCACGAAAGCCUAAGGAAUGCAUUGAAUUAUUUGUGUUCAAGGGAACCAGGUGAUAACUCUUCAAUAAAAAAGAUUCUGUCCA